AUGAAGGAGAAGGAGCCGCCGGCGGAGCGGGGCAAGCCCGCCACCUACACCGGGGACAAGAAGGCGCGGAUGGCGGCCAAGACCAACAAGAAGUGGGUGCGCCUGGCCACGGUGCUGGCCUACGUGCUCUCCGUCUCGCUGGCUGCCAUCGUGCUCGCCGUCUACUACAGCCUCAUCUGGCAGCCGGUGCGCCAGCCGACAGGGCCCAGCACCCCCGGCCGGACGACGCACGGGCCCCACACGGAGCGGCACGGGGGAGCCAGCCCCACGGAGCCGCUUACGCGGCCGGGUUCCGACCAAGGGGCGGCCGGGACUGAGCGCGCUGCCACCUCGACAACGUCGCCGCCGAGGAGCGAGCCCGGCCCAGCCCCCGACCCCACCGUGCUGCAGCGGGUGCAUCGGAGCCACUGA